AUGGUUGAGAAAAAAGAAGAAGAGAAGAAGCGUCGCUCACGCUCCGAGUCGUCCAGUAGCACUUCAUCAUCUGGGAGUUCUUCGAGCAGUGACUCGUCGGGAUCCUCUCGUUCGACAAGUUCUUCGAGCUCUUCCCGUUCACCGUCUCCGCGUGCAAAAAGGGAUUCUGGAAAGGGAACUACUACCAGAGGUCGCUCUCGCUCACCUCGUCGUUCACCGGCGCGAGCAAGAGCUGACAGAGGAGCAGGAGAUCGUCCGAGUCGCCGUUCUCCUUCGCCACGUCGUCGUCGCGUUUCCCCGUCACCGAAAAGACGCGCCGAUCGUAGCACAAGCCGUGGUCGUCGCCGUUCACCUCGUCGCGCGUCGCCGCGUCGUGCUUCACCUCGAAGAUCACCUAAGAGAUCUCCACGUCGUACUUCACCGCGAAAGACCAGCCCUUCGAAGCGCAUUUCCAUCAGAAACCUAAGUCGAAAUGUGACCAAGGAGCACCUUGCGGAGAUUUUUGGAAUGUACGGACCCAUCAAGAGUUGUGAUCUUCCACCAGAGAGAUUUUAUACGCAUCUUCACAGGGGUUACGGAUAUGUGGAGUAUGAGAACGCUGAAGAUGCAGAGAAGGCAUUGAAAUAUUUUGAUGGCGGUCAAAUUGAUGGACAAGUCGUGAGUGUUGAGUUGACUUUGAAUCGUGCUGCUAGUCGCCGCUCCCCGGUUCGCAAGAGUCCCGUCAGAAGAAGCAGCCCUGGAAGAAGACGUUCGCCUCCUGGACGUGGUGCAAAUGCAAAUAUGGUGCCGCUUGGUUCAAGCCGUUUCAAUCGCAGCCGUUCACGUUCGCCGCGCAGAAGACGCAGCAGGUCGUAG